UUUCCUAUUACCAUAGGAACAAGAGUAAACACGGAAGUUAAUACAGUAGGCUAUGGAUGUUUUAAACUGGUGGAAAUAGCCAACACCUGACUGCAAACAGUUAAUUCUCCUGUAAGAAUCCCGCAACAAGAUGCCCAAGUUUGAGGAGCUGGAAGCACAUUCAUCCUGCCAUGUCCACUCCCCCUCCACUCCUGUAACUCCUGGCCCCAGUAACCUGAUUGCCAAAAGAUACAGCAUCCUACAGAGAUUGGGCAGAGGGAGUUUUGGCACUGUUUACCUCGUACAGGACACUAGAGCAAGGGAUGGGGAGAAACUUAAGGUGCUGAAGGAGAUCCCUCUGGGGGACCUGCAUCCUAACGAGACGGUCCAGGCAUCCCAGGAGGCUCAGCUCCUGUCCCAGCUCCACCACCCAGCCAUCAUCACUUUCUACAGCAGCUUUCUGCAUAGAGACUCCUUCUGCAUUAUCACUGAGUACUGUGAGGACAGGGACUUGGACUGUCAUCUGGAGGAAGUGAGAGAAGCAGGGCAGAGCUUGCCUGAGACCCAGGUCACUGAUUGGCUGAUCCAGCUGCUGCUUGGACUCCACUACAUCCAUAACAGGCGUAUCCUCCACAGAGAUCUGAAGGCCAAAAAUAUCUUCCUGAAAAGGAACAUAGUUAAAAUCGGUGAUUUCGGGGUGUCCUGUCUGCUGAUGGGGUCAUGUGACCUGGCCACCACCUUCACGGGCACGCCUUACUACAUGAGCCCUGAAGUCCUGAACCACCACGGUUACGACUCCAAGUCUGAUAUCUGGUAGGAAGGUGGAGCAGCACACUGAGGCUCAAAGACAGAAAGGUCAAAGUUAGGUUAAAGUUCAAAUGUAAAGAAAGGUAAGGUUAGAUAGGUUGAACGGUGAGUGGACAUGGACAUUUAUCUUGAUGCUGCACUGUUUGUUUAUGUGUGUAGUAACUUGCUUAACACUUGUAACGCUUGUUUUGUGUUGUGGCAGCCACCACAAGUUUUAUUAUGUGAAUGUUGUCAUGUUUAAAACUUUUAAUGAAACAAACACCUGUUUAGAGCUCGGCAUUUUGAAGAUGAGUUCUUUUUUGAUUCUCAUUCCCCUCCGAACCUCAAGAGAGUUGUUGACAUCCAGUUUCCUCCUCCGUCUCUCUGCUUCCUGCUAAGGCUACAGUGCUGAGCUCAGAAUGCUGUGUAAUGCUGUCACGUAUCAAGGCAGACUCUCAUUGUGAGAUUUGGCUGACAGUUCCUGAGAACUUGCUACUCACUUCAAAGCAGUCCAGAAGGAGCAUGGCUAAGAGGCACUUUGGAUAUGGACUGGAAUAUGUGAUGAGUAAUGAAGUGUAGAAGAGGGGUAGAAAUGGAUUCAUGUAUAAUGAUGAAUGGAGUCGAUACGGCCAUUGGUCUGAUCAGCAGGAGAGCAUAAAGAACACCUUUAAUACCAAGAGCGACUAUAGAUCCCUCAUUUCUCACUGCAGUCUGAAGUGCAAGCAUCUACUGAACUCAAAGUUCUUUGAAAAGAAUGCAACAGUGUACAUAGCUUCCUUCAGCACCAGUGGUAACUGUACAUGGCUUCCUUCAGCACCAGUGGUAACUGUACAUGGCUUCCUUCAGUACCAGGGGUAACUGUACAUGGCUUCCUUCAGCACCAGUGGUAACUGUACAUGGCUUCCUUCAG